UCUCAGACAUGUGGCUCUGUCACUCAGCUGCACAGUUACAGCACACAUACGCUGAUUUUCCACUGUGUCUUCUGUUCCCAGGACAGGGCUGCUCCUCACGGCCCUCCUCUUCCUCGUCUGGACCUGAACACUAUCCUUGACCUGGCUGGAGAUUUCAAACUUAUCAUCGGAUUGAGUUUGAACUGCUUAAAAGAUUAAGAAAACGUGUCUUUCCAGGUCCAGAGACUUUAAAAUCUUUCAAAAUGGCACCUGUGAGAGCCUGGUCAGUUGGACUCCUGCUGGUCCUACUGUGCUCACCCCAACUCCCACUUCUUGCUGCUGUGAGUGCUCAGGAUGUGGCUGAAGAGGAGGAAGAUAUUCAUGACAAGUACGAUGAAGACGAUGAAACUGAGUCUGAAGAUGCCACCGAAACAGAUGAAGAGUUAACAGAAGAGAAGGAGGAUGAAGCUGGGACUGAUGAAGAGGAGUUAGAAGCAGAAGAGCAGGACGAGGAGGAAAAUUUAGCAGAAGAGGAAGAAGACACUGCUGAUGAUGACCAGGAAGAGGAGGAGGAGGCCAAUGAGGACAAUUCAGAAGAAGAGGAAACCUCUGAUGAGGAAGAGGAAGCAGGGGAGGAUGAGGAGGAAGAUGUAGAAGAAGAGGAGGAUGAGGAGGCUGUUGAGCAAAAUGAGGAAGCAGCUGAGGAAGAGGCUUCCGAAAACGAAGAUGACGAUGAAGCAGAAGCUAGUGAGGAUGCCGUGGAGGAAAAUGAAGCAGAUUCUGACGACGAUGUAGCAGAAGAUGAUGAGGAAACUGAAAAUGAAGAAGAAGAGGAUGACGAAAAAGAGCAACAGAUAGCUGAUGAAGAGGAGGGUGGCGCAGCUGAAGAUGAAGAAGCAGAAGACGAUUCCAAUGAGGACAAUUCUGAAGAAGAUGCAGAAGAGCCUCAGGAAGAGAACACAGCGGAGAACCAUGGCGACACAAAUGAAGAGGAGUCAAAGACUGACAGCAAGCAGUUCCACUCCAGCUCUUUGUGUAGUGUUUGCUCCAUAUGUGAGCACUGCUCCAGCUGUGAUAAGUGUCCGUGUGAAGAUGGUGAUGACUCCGACCAUUGUCAACACUGCGAGAGCUGCUCAUCGUGCUACGUUUGCCCCAUUCUGUGUGACACAGUUUGCACUCCAGGUGGCCUUGUUGAUGAACUUACUGGAUCCAUCUUUCAGACUCUUUCCUCUCUACUUUGAGCUGCUGCCAGGCUGCCCUCACCUCAGCAGCAAUGUCCAGCGUGAACUCUUCACUCAUUUAACAUUCAAAUAAAUUAUCUGAUGUUUUACUGUAGCUUAGAGAAUUUAACGUUUUUCCUUUAUAUUGUGCUCUUAUGAAAACAUGUUCUGUAGCUGAUGGAUUUGGACAAUGCUCUGGUCAUCAGCUGUAUUCAUACAGCUCACCAAAAUGGACAAAUCAACCUUCAGCUGAACCCAUAACAACCCAGACCCAAUUUUACUUAAAAAUAAAUUAAUGUGUAAUACAACACAGACCAAGUGGACCAGAGAAUGCAGUUCAGAAACGGUUCUGUUACACUGAUGUCACCAUGGCUUAUUUUUGGACAAUAACUUUUACAGAACAAUAAAAAUAAAAGGUAGUGCCUUUUUAUGGAGCUUUUAUGGACGCACAGUUUUGUUGAGAUUCUAUGUUUUACACAGACGAGGUCUGUCCUUGGGAGGAAGCUGCAGUUUAGGGGUGAACUGCUACCUGUUUCAACACCAAAAAGGAAUUUUCGUACGCCUCUUAGGCAAGCUUUAAAAAUAUAUUCCAAUAAUUAUAUCGACCCUCUUUGGAGGAAAUUUGCUACUACACAAAAUGAGGCUGAGGAGCAUUUUCCUCAGGUGUUAACCUGAGGUCUUGCAGACAGUAAACCAGUUGUGUGGUGUGAUUUUCUGUAAUUUCUCCAAUAAUGUCAGCUCUCAUUAAAAACGAUGAAAUUCAUAACGGAGACUUUUUUGAGAAGUAUUUUACAACAUCUUUUUUUUUAAAGUUUUGAUUCCAUAUUUUAGCAUUAAGUAAGAGCAUGUGUAAUUUUAAGCAACUUUUACACCAUAGCGUUAAACAACCUGCAACAAUUAUUUCCAGUCAAGCACUGGAAAGAGAUAAAUGACAAAAACAGCAAAGGACAAAAGCCAGUUUAGGAUAAAACCUCCAUCAGCAGAGGGUUUGGUAACCAGCAAAGUUUUGUUUUAAGUAAAAACAAAGCCCCUCUUUGUUAAAUAGGUACGGGAAGCAAAAACAGGACAGAAUCUUUAGUGCGUGUCCCAACAACACAAACAGAGCCAGAGGUUUGUGCCAGGAAAACUAACUUUUUCUAUAAGAAACUUUUGACAAGGUGUGCUAAAUAUUAAUGCAGGAAUAUUACUUUAAAAGCUGUAAAUUGUGACCACCUUUUAUCUGCUUCUGUUAGGGGAAAUUCGAUUAAAAAAACCAAGGAGGGGCUUUAUCAGAUCGCAAGAGGUGAAGGACAGAAACCGGUUCAUUAGGCAGAAGGACACAAACAAAUAAAAAACACAUUAACAGAGUCAGGAUCCGUGGCACGUAACCUUAUGUCAAGAGAAAGUGAUCAAAAAAUUUGCCAUAUUUCUUAUUAUUUGUUCAUUUAAUUAUUUUUUUUCUGGAUUAAGAUGGUGAAUUACUUACUCCUCCUACUUGUAUUGAUUAGAAAGCAGGAAUAACUGUGUUACAAACUGUACAAAUGAUGAUUGAAAGGUGGAAUUAAAAAAAAUAAAAGCACAUGCUCCAU